AUGGAGAAAGAGAAGUUCCAGCAGAAGGCUCUGAAGCAAACUAAGCAGAAGAAAUCCAAGUCGGCUGAAUUUCUGAUGGUAAAAGAAGAGAGAGCAGCAACAGAAGGCAUUGAAAAUCCAGCUUUUAACAUCAGCAGCACAGAUCUUUCAGCAUAUCAGCCUUCAGAAGAGAGAGUUAUUAGAUAUGACAAGCCAGAUAGCACCCUUGCAGCUCACCAACAAAAACUCGGGCUGCAAGCCCAUGCUGAACCAAGAGGAAAUGAAUACAGCAGAAAUUACUUUGACCCGUUGAUGGAUGAGGAAAUAAACCCAAGGCAGUGUGGGAUGGAGGUCAGUGGAGAAGAUCCUGUGAAAUUUGAUGAGCAAAUCCUGUAUGAUAAACUGAUAAAGCUUCUAGAUGAAGAAAACAAGAUGCUGGACUUGGAAGCUCGUGUAGCCAGUGAAGAUUUUCUGGACUCCGUGAUGCCUGUCAGCUCCAGUAAGGCAUGUGACCUUCACAGGGAGCUUGAAGAUGAAGUGAUUCCUUCAUAUAUCGAACAGUUUGAGAGAGAUGUUCAGGAUGACAUAAUUCUGCUUGGCAGCUUUUCACUGGAACAGCACCACAAGAAAGUCUCUCACCAUGAGAAACAAAAGCUGCGAGCCAGGAUUCAUGAGCUCUCUCAAAGAGUGGGACGUCAGUUGUUGAAAGCAGAGCAGAAUGAAUGUGAAGAAGAAAUGGUAGCCAGCUUGGGUAACCUUGCAGGCGUGGAUACUGGAUUAAAUGGAGCAGCAGGACCUUGUGGGAAGGUUGACUGCUCCAAGACACCGCAGCUGAUAGAAAUUCACCUCAAAUGCCUGAGGGGAGUCAAAGAUAAGGUCCCUAAAGGCCAUUAUACCCUCAAAGUUUCUGUUCUCAGCCGCUUAGGUGGUGGCUUGCUGGAGUGGCCCAAACUGAAGGAGCAGCCUCAGGCCAGGACAACUCUGCCUGUUAGUCAUGGUGGAAACUUCUACAACACUGAAAUCUACUUUGGACAAAGUAUCCAGACCAUUCUACCACCUAGAAAAGCUGUGAAGCCAGGCAUGGUCCUACUCUUUGAACUCUUCCUUCUUCGUGGGACCUAUACUUGGAUUGAUCGAGAAGUGGGAUGGGGAGCUUUUCCCUUGUGUGACAACAAUUUUAAUCCUUUGGAGGGAAAAUAUAAAUGUCCCUUCCUUAGAGGCCAUUACGACUCCAAAGUUGACCGAUUCAAAAAAAUUGAAAAUUUUAUUUCACAAGACUUGGAUCAUUGGUUAUGCAAUCUCUACUUUCAGAUAAUUAAACUACCGCAGGAUUCAGAUAAGCAAAAUAAGUGUGAUACGCAACUUCAUCUCCCACCUGAACUUCUCAUGUGUUCAGGAGUUUCUGAAAAGAAUGGUGUCUUCAAGAAUGUUGAACAGUCUGGACCACAAGGGCAACCUCUGACCUCCCCGAAAGAUCCUGACACCCAUAAGGGAAGUAUUCCCACUGUUGUAAAGGAAGUGGAAAAGCAGUUUAAUGCUGUGAAAGGAGGAGAAGCGUGUAUGUCAGAAGAAGCUGAGAGGAAAAGAGAAGAGCUUAAAAUGCUUCCAGCAGGUUAG